GAGACACUUGAAAACCCCGAAGCCGAAGCAUCCGUCUACUUUUUCAAGACCCAGGUAUGGUUCUAAUACGAUGUAUGAAGUAGAACAGGGUACCUAAGUACCUGAAAUAAUAAUUGUUGCGUUAUUACUCAGCCACCCAUGGACCAAUUAAAACCCAUAUAAUAAUAGCGUAUUCCCUUUUUGGAAAUGCUUUGUGUUUGGGGCAAUGGUAUACUGUGUGCACUUCAAAACGAUGGAUACUAGCGAACCCUCUAUUUGGAAACAGAUCCAAAUCAUGCGAUGGGAUGAUGGCUCUCGCGCUUUUCCAAUUUUCCAAAGGCCGAGGGUUCCAUGCAAUCGAACGAGAUACUUUGCGAAAGUAAUUGGUGAUAUCUACUAUCCCCGUUAGCACCGUAGGUCUCCACAAGCUAAGUGACGGGCUUUAACGAAAGAGGAAAUUUUUAACUCCAGAAGUUCUCUAAGCACGAGAUCAAUGGGGAUGAUAGAUGGCCAGAAGAAUCAUGUACCUUCACUGUAAACGCUAUCGACUGCUCAAGUAUAAAUUCCUGCCCAGUUCCUCGUUUAUUUUCUUCUCAAACCGCAAACAACAACGAUUUCUACUUUCAUCAAGUCCGCUUAUAACUAUUCUUACCUCCAGAUCGAUAACACCCUGAAUAUCGGUUUCAAAAGCUCGUCAUCAUGUCGCAAAGCAACUACGUCAAGAAGGUGGCCAUCGUUGGUGCAACUGGCACAGUUGGUUCCUUUAUUGUUGAGGAACUUCUGGGAUUAGGCAAGCACGAGGUCACCGCUGUCACCCGAAAAGAUAGCUCUUCUGCCGAUUCCCUUCCCGCAGGAGUGAAAGCCGCUAAAGUAGAUUACGACGACGAAUCUACCCUUGUGGAUGCCCUUCAGGGUCAGGAAGUCUUGAUCAUCACUAUGCAUACACUUGCGCCCCCUGAGACAACCUUGAAAUUGGUCCGUGCCGCCGCUGCUGCUAAUGUAUCCUACAUUUUGCCCAAUGAAUGGGGCCAGGAUUCGUCAGAUGAGGCAUUAAGUAACGACGUUCUUCUUGGAGGCCCGAAGGCUGCCACCCGGAAGUUAGUUGAGGACCUAGGAAAGAGCUCGUGGAUCGGCAUUAUCACCGGGUUCUGGUAUGAAUACAGUCUUGGUUUCGGGAAACAGACGUACGGAAUGGAAUGGAAGGACAGGACCUGGACGUUCUUUGACGAUGGCGAGACUAAGAUGAACACCACUCCUGAAACCGAGGGAGGACCAAGCCUAUCUGGCUAUAAGAAUAAGUUCGUUUACGUGUCCUCCUUCCUCCUCAGCCAGAAAGACAUGUUCGCUGCCGUUCUGCGGGUUACAGGAACCAAGGAGUCGGACUGGAAGAUCGAGUAUGAGAGUACCGUCGAGCGCUUCCAAGCGGCACAGAAACAGGUAUUCGCGGGAGAUCGCUCAGCGUUCCCCCAGCUCCUCUAUAGUAGGACGUUCUACAAAGACGGCUGUGGCAAUUUUGAAGCGCGACGCGGGAUUUCCAAUGAUGCCUUGGGUCUUCCCAAGGAGGAUCUCGAUGAGGCGACUAAGGUCGCUGUGGACCGAAACGAGAAGGGACUCAAGUACCAUUAA